AUGACCGAAGCAACUGCUAAAUCCAAAUCGUCUAGCACAAUGGAAUGGACAAACAUGCAUGACACAUUUUUUUUUAGGGAAGUCAGAGCAUCUGACCUGUAUGAAACAAGAAAGGGUAGCCCUGAGAGAGGAAAGGUGUGGGAUGAGAUUGCUGCAAGACUCAACAGCCUCUCACAUCCCAAAUUCAUUGUCAACAAACGGUCAUUGCGAGAUAGGCUCAAUCUUUUUAGGGCCAAAUUCAAAAACAAGAAUAGGGAGGAAGAAAAAGCAAGUGGUAUUAGUCCAGAGGUGCGAGAAAUAGACACUCUGCUGGAGGAGCUGUCUGAAAAAGAAGAAGAAGCAAAAAAUAAGCCCUCGAUUAGAGACAAAAAGCAAAAUGCUCAACAAGAGAGAGCAAAAGCUGAGGAAAUGCGGCUGAAGGCAAUGGAGACUAUGGGACAAAAUAAAAAACUAGUUGAGGAAAGUGAUGAAGUAAAUUUAAGAAAGAAAAAAAGAAAAAGUACUGGUGAUGCUAUUGGAUUCUUGGAAAAGAAAGCAGAACAAGAGAUGGCCUUGCGGAGGAAAGAGAUUGAAAUGAAAAAACAAGAAGGGAUGAGAGGUUCCCAGCAGACAACAAUGCAGCAGGAAAUGUUAAGGAUGAUUCAGCAACAGCAAGAAGAUCAGCAGAAGCAGCAACAAAGAAAGGAAACCCAACAGCUGCAAUUUUUGCAGUCAAUGUUAAACCAGCAGCAACAGCAAUCACAGGUUCUUCUAAGCCUUAUUGAGAGGUUGACUCCCAAGGAAAAUCACUAACAGUUGCUCAGUGUUGGCACUUAUUAGUACUGUUACAAAAUUCCUUAUUGUGUUUUUUAUUCCAUUUCUCAUGUGCAAGCUGUUGUUAAAAAGUGUUGAGUUAAUGUCAUGUAAGAAUUCAUAGACAUUGUCAUGGUUCCA